GGAAGACGCCGGCGAACCCAUGGAGGUUGUGCACGGUGCAGCAAGUGGGGGCGGUGAAGUGCCUGGCGCGCAUCAUCCCGGUGUGGUCAUCGGGGAUCGUCUACUUCGUGGUGCUCACCCAGCUUGGCACCUACGUCGUGCUCCAGGCAGCGCAGACCGACCGCCGGAUCAGCAACGCCAGCAGCUUCCAGAUCCCGCAGGGCUCCUUCAUCGUCUUCUCGAUGCUCUCCCUCACGCCCUGGAUACCCGUGUACGACCGGGUGGUGGUGCCGGCGCUCCGCCGCUUCACCAAGCACGAGGGCGGCAUCACCCUGCUCCAGCGCAUCGGCGUCGGCCUGGCGCUCUCCGUCGCGACGAUGCUGGUGUCGUGCUUCUGGCUGGUGCCGCAGCUGCUGCUGGCGGGCUUGUCCGAGGCGUUCGGCGGCAUCGGGCAGCUCGAGUUCUUCUACCGGCAGUUCCAGGAGAACAUGCGGAGCGUAGCCGGGGCGAUCUAUUGCCUGGGGUUCGCCCUGGCGAGCUACGCGAGCGGGGUCAUGGUGACGGUGGUGCACCGGGCGACGAGGGGGCGGGACGGGCGGCCGGACUGGCUGGCGCAGGACCUGGACCAGGGGAGAAUCGACCUGUUCUACCUCGUCACCGCCGCCAUCGCCGCCGUCAACCUCAUAUACUUCGUUGUCUGCGCGCGGUGGUACAGGUUCAAGGAGUCCAACGGCAACGACGACGGCUCCCACGCCAGCGCUGACGUCGAGCUCGUCCCAAAAAUGUCCGCGAGUGCGGCGCCCGUUUAG